GUACGCUGUCACAGCACAUCAUGUGGAUCUUUCCAAAUACAUCUUACCAUAUGUGCAAUAUCUAUGUGCACUUUAAGCAAAACCCUUUUCUUUCCGCAUUGCCUUUUUUGGGAAGUGGCGAUAUUUCGUUUUCGAAUCCGGAUGGGGAUGUCCCAAAUUUUGUUUACCAGUGCUGCACCCGAUAGGUUUUCCAGAGCGAAUCUACAGCGGAAUGAUUGUCACAUUAUUGCGCCACGGCAACACCGAUGCUAAUAAUGAAGGCUGGAUUCAAGGCCAUUUGGAUACCGAUCUAAAUGCUUGUGGAUUGGAACAAGCAGCUUUGGCAGGUAAACGACUGGCCAACACUGUCUUUGAAGCUGCUUUUUGCAGUGAUUUACGACGGUGCCAGCAGACAGCUCAAGCUGUUUUGGCGCAUCAUCCGAAUACACCGAUGCAAUUGGUAAAAGAGCUUCGCGAACGUAAUUUCGGAACCUUGGCAGGCAAGUCGAUCAAAGAGCUCUACAAGAGUGGGGUCAACCGGGAUAUGAAUACGUAUCUGAAAGAACAUGGAGGCGAAACCGAAGCGGAAUUUGAGCACCGUGUCAUUGAUGGAUUUCAGCAAGUGAUUGUGGAAGCGGAAAAGGCCGGGUAUCAGGACAUUCUCAUUGUGACCCAUGGUGGUCCCUUGCGUUGUCUUACGUCUUGGUGGCUCCAGGAAGCCGGUUACCAGUCGUCGGAUGGCUCUGUCAUUAAGCAAACCAACCAUGGUAACACAGCCAUUUCCCAAAUUCGUUUGCAACACUCUUCGGACAACCAACGACAAGGCACCAUUCUUCUAUACAAUUCAACCGCACAUCUCAAGGAUCCGACCUCCGUAGCUCCGCCUUCUGUAUAAAAACUCUCAACCCCUGAUAAUCUCCAUAGACUAGUUUACAAAGAAAAAAAAUAAGAGAAAUAUGAGUUUUAGUUUCAUUGUAUCCAAAGAGAAGAUCAGCCCUGCGGCGUGACAAAAAAAGU